AUGCACUCACAACAACAACAACAACAAAAUCCUCCACAUUCCCACUCAUUUACGGCAGCACUAAAUUCGGCGGCUGUUUCCGGUGUUGGACUUAAUAAUAACAAUCUUCUUCCUCCUCUCGCAACAACAACAACAAUCCCUUCUUCUUUAGCCAUUGAUUCAUCAUUUUCAUCCUCUGGUAGCGAAUCUCCCUCAUUGUCAUUACAAACUGGGACGGCCGAUGAUUCUCUAAGUACAAUAGAAAAUCAGAGAAUUAUGCAAAUGGCUGCUGGAACGGAUACAGCCUCUACUUUGGGUGUAAAUGAUGGACCUAUAAAUUUACAAAUUUUUGUUCCUGAACUUCAAAUGCAGGUAAAAUUAAAUUUUUUUGAAAAAAUAUGA